CAAAUAUAUGGUGAUCGGUGUGACACUCUGGUACUCCGGACUAUUUUCCUACCUCUUGUCCUGACAGUCCUGCCAUUUGCGCAUUACUCUCUCUCUAGCUCUUGCCAUUUUGGUAACAAAAUGUACAAACCCUAGACCCCAUUCUGUAAACCCACAUUGCCCAUUCAAGUAAACACUCUUUACUUUUCCUCUGUAAUCGUCGCUCUUACUCAUUCUCCAUUCUCAACACGAUUGCAGGGAAAGCAGUUCUUGGGGCAAUGGCUGAAGCGAGGAGGGAGAAUGUGAUGUCAGUGGAGCUUGCAAUCCGAAGGGAGAUGGCAUAUAGGAAGAAGCUAGCAAGUUUGCGAUCACACUUUGAUGCCUCUAUGGAAGACCUAAUGCCUUUGCAGGUCCCAUCUUCUGGUCCAAGCCCGAGGGCAAGUUCGAUUCUAGGCUCAAGUAUGAGUCUAGUUCCAACUUCAUUGUAUGAUCAUGUGCAAACACCAAAUCAAUUUCCAAGGCCAGGGCUGAGUUUGAUUUCAAGUCCAAGCCAGGCUCUGGUUCCCAUUCCCUUGUAUCGGGUGUCAAGUUCAAAUCCACCCCCAAAUCCAUGGCCAUUGCCGGCACCAAUUCAAAUUCCGAGCCCAAGUUCAUUGGCAAAGCCUAGGCUGAUUCCUCAGCCAAGUCUGUCCGGCAGUAAGAGAAGGGCAACUAGCAGCAGCCUCCAAUGCCUGCCACCUCGACAGCCACGGCCAUCUCACAACAAUUAUGUAACUGUAGAUCAAGAAGGCCAUUUCUUUUGCAAGGUCUGCCAAGUGCCCUGCUCAGGCACCGUGACUCUCAAACAGCACUUGAAAGGUCACAAGCACAAAGCUAAACUUCAGUGGUUGCAGCUGAGCAAGAGAGAUGGUAGAGAGAAAGAUGACCCACAUUGCAAACUUUGUCAAAUUUGGUGCACAAACAAUGACGGGCUUGAAAUGCACUUGAAAGGUCAAAAGCAUCGAGCUAAACUACAAGAGUUGGAAUUUGGCACUAAAAAAGAGAGAGAGAAAGAGGCUGAGCGUCCAUGGUGUCAACUGUGUCAAAUUUGGUGCAUGAAUGAAGAUGCACUCGAGCAACACCUCAAGGGAAAAAAUCACAUUGCUCGCCUUUAUGCUACGGAGGGAAAAAGAGGGAUGAAGCGAAAGGGUCUGCAGCAAUGACGUGAUGAAGCAUAAAGUAGCUGCUCCUCAUGGAGGCGAAAGGAAAAAGGUCAAUUGACAUAACUAAAUAUAUAUACAUAUCCCAUUAGAUGUUAUAUAUAUAGGUGCAUACACAUCCACACAGAAAGUAUGGAUAUAGCAAAGCAAGUUUGUUCUUUAUGUUCCUUUUAUGUGUUCAUAAUGAUAUGGAACUUAUUUUGCACCAUAAUUCAUAGAAAAUGGUUAUUAGGAAAUCCAGAAUUAAUAUUUCUGUUAGGCAUUUUAUCUCAAUUCUCCUACAGUUUUGUUUAUGUAAGCUGAAUAUUUCAGAAUCAAGAUGAUUUCCAGGAGAAAUCUAUGGUGUACACCUUAAAAGGGGGCACACCAUAAGCUAUGUUACGUCAUUUUUUGUUGU